AUGACGAGUUGGAGCGGCACGUUGGUCGUCGCUGUCACUGGGUUCCUACUUCUGUCGGCAAUUACGAAACACUGCGAUGGAUGCAACGAAGCGAUCUGCGCCAGCGUUGUUAGCAAGUGUAUGCUCACGCAGAGUUGCAAGUGCGAUCUCGUCACCUGUACAUGCUGCAAAGAGUGUUUCUCCUGUCUCAGUUACCUGUACGACGAGUGCUGUUCGUGCGUAGACCUCUGUCCGAAACCAAACAUCACGGACAAUCCGUUGAGCAAGAAGUCGCACGUGGAGGACUUCAGCGAGCCGAUGCCAGGUUUGUUCCAGGCGCUAACCGCUGAACCGGACCCGCACGAACGCUGGCUCACGUUCACGUUCCCCGUUGAUUUCGACAUGUCUCUGUUCGCGCCGAAACACGACAAAGAAGUGAAAUACCACAUGCACACCGCCGACGAGGAGAUACACCCGCUGAAGCCAAACGUGAAGACAGUGAACUGCACCGUUGCAUUUAUGGCACAGUGCAACUCGUGGAACAAGUGUCGGGCGUCUUGCCAGAGCAUGGGUGCCACCAGUUACAGAUGGUUCCACGACGGUUGUUGCGAGUGUAUUGGCGACACCUGCAUCAACUACGGGAUAAACGAGUCGAGAUGCAUGCACUGCCCGCUGGACAAAGAGGAGGACGACUUGAAAGAUCACUACGACGAUUACGGCCAGGACGAGGACGAUUUGACGGAGGACGAGAUCGAUUAA